CUUUGUCGCCUUCUUCAUCAGCUACAAUCGAAUCGAAUGAGUGAGAAGCCACGAAAUUGUGUGUGUGUGUGUGAGAGAGAGAGAGAGAUAGUUGGGGGGCAACAAUGGCCGUGCCAUUAUAAAAUGGAUGGCAGAUUUAGCAGAGCUGAGAGGCAUCAACAGAGCAAGCAGAAGUAACAGAGCACUCUGUUCUUGAACUCUCUUCUCUGACGGCAAACGCUCUGUUUUUGUAGCUCUCUGGUGAACAACAAUGUCUUCGUUUUUCUCUGUUUAGAUUCAUGUUUUUCAGCUGAUUUUAUUGGUAUAGAAGGUGAUUUAAUUUCGAACCAGGAAGAAUAUUUGCUGAUACUGUCACCAGCUCAACCUUAAUUCACUUGUUAAAAAAGUGGUAAUCGACGUUUUCCUCUUCGUUCUCAUUUUAACUUCAUUCGUCCAUUUGUUCUUAAUCCUAAAAUCGGAUCAGGUUAAUUUUAUUUUUCGUUUCUACUAACUUCUAUCUGAAAGCUUAAUUUGUGGAGUUUUAUCGUUGAAUUUAGUCCCCAAUUCGAAUUUCUUUACAUGUGAUAUCCAGAUUUUGCAGAGUCAUUGCUGGAAUUAUUGAAAUUCCGAUAAAUCUGCGAGCUAAUUUUGAGGAAUUUAACCUCUGUUAUCUUGCAUGUUGCCAUGUGCUUGAUGUGCAUACACACGCUCGUGAUUUUAUUCCCUUUUUAAUGGAUCCAAAUCCAGUUCACAACAUAAUUUUACAUAGUCACAUACAUCAUUUUUCAUAACUUCGUUUGAGUUGAUGUUGUUUAGAGCUUAUCUUACACAAGAUUAACCUCUUUUGUUUGAAGUCUCAGAGAUCUGAAAAGAAGGCUACGAAAUUUCUGAGAAAAUGAAGAAUUCAGUAUCAGAUCAAGCCUUUUUCAUCGAGAGUGAAGAUGAUGAGGAAGACAAGGACUCCAUUAGAGGUGAAGACGAUGGGAAUGAUUCUGAAUUUUCAAAUUAUUCCGACGAUAACCCUCAGCAUCAAAGCAAACCUAGUUCCUUAAACCCAUCGUGGCCUCAAAGUUACAGGCAAUCGAUAGAUCUGUACAGCAGUGUGCCAUCCCCGAGCCUGAACUUUCUGGGGACUCCCAACUUGUCUCGAUUAGGCAGUUCAUUCCUUUCCUCAACACUGACAAGAAGACACACUCCCGAGAUACUCCCAAGUUUAAGCAAACCUUUCUUGCCACCAUCAACAGACAACCAGCAGCCACAAGAAAGGCGUAGCAGUUCUCAUUCUCUUCUUCCUCCACGAGGAUCAUCUGCUAAGAAGUUGCCACAUUAUCACAAAUCUUCUAAGGCUUCACAUGAACUUCCUCUUUCCAGGCAGAGCUCUUAUGGUCAAUCUGUGCUUAAUGGCAUAAAUGUUCUUUGUGGAGUUGGACUUCUUUCAACUCCUUUUGCAGUGAAAGAAGGAGGAUGGGUAGGAUUGUCAUUACUGUUCAUCUUUGGUGUCCUUUCUUUCUACACUGGUAUCCUCCUUCGAUACUGCUUAGACAGUCAACCUGGUCUCGAGACCUAUCCAGAUAUUGGCCAGGCUGCCUUUGGCACUCUCGGACGUCUCAUCAUUUCUAUAAUAUUGUACGUGGAGUUAUAUGCAUGUUGUGUUGAAUAUAUUAUCUUGGAGAGUGAUAACCUAUCGUCUCUGUUUCCAAAUGCACAUUUAAACCUGGGAGGAUAUAUACUAAACGCGCAUUAUUUAUUUGCAAUUAUGAUCACUCUGGCUGUCCUUCCCACAGUUUGGCUACGCAACAUGAGUGUUCUCAGUUACAUAUCUGCUGGUGGAGUUAUCGCGUCAAUUCUAGUGGCGAUUUGCUUGUUUUGGGUUGGGUUGGUGGAUGAUGUGGGGUUUCAAAUUGAAACAACAAAAACGUUAAACCUCUCGACUUUCCCUGUUGCGAUAGGCCUUUAUGGGUACUGUUAUUCAGGACAUGCAGUGUUUCCUAAUAUCUAUACAUCAAUGGCAAAAAGAAGUCAAUUUCCUAUGGUACUCUUAGCCAGCUUUGGGAGCUGUGCUGUUCUUUAUGCUGCAGUGGCUAUAAUGGGAUACAUGAUGUUUGGUGAAUCAACAGAAUCACAAUAUACCCUAAACCUCCCUACAAAUCUGAUUGCCUCUAAAGUUGCUGUCUGGACUACGGUGGUCAACCCAUUUACCAAAUAUGCGUUGACCAUAUCUCCUGUAGCUAUGAGUCUUGAGGAGUUGAUACCAUCAAACCAUAUGAAGUCUCAUGUCUACUCCAUCCUCAUUAGAACAGCAUUAGUCUUCUCUACUUUGCUUGUAGCCCUCUCCAUCCCCUUCUUUGGUCUUGUGAUGUCAUUGAUAGGAUCUUUACUCACUAUGCUAGUGACGUUGAUACUUCCUUGUGUUUGCUUUUUGAGCAUUUUAAAGGGAAAAACAACUCGCUUUCAGGUAUCAGUGUGUGUAUUCAUCAUUGUUGUUGGGUCUGUGUCUUCUGUUAUUGGAACCUAUACAGCGUUAUCUGAGAUAAUUCAACAGUUGUUUUGAUACUUAUCUAUAUUUAAGCUUGAUUCGAGUGUUGAUCUUUAUGAGUAUACAAAUAGAUUAGGCUUCCCUUUUAACGGGAUAUCCUUAUUAUUGUUGUUUGUAUGUUGGAAUGUUUAAAAUGAAAUUUUGUCUCUCCUCUCUAUGCUAAUAGCAAUUUAGCAUGAAGAGAGGAUGUUCCUUUUUGUGUGUACUCUUUGAAUAAAUUAAUUAGUUAUGAUCCUUAUGCUUUGGGGCUCUGUG